AAAUGCUGCCCCUUGGGCUAUAUCACAAGAAGCGGAAGAUUUAAACGCCAUAAUAGCUUUAACUAUCGGAACAGCCGUCAAGAAUUCAGAAAAGAAAAAGUAUCCAAAGCGUUGUCAAGGUCAAGAACGUCGUCAAUAA